AUGGAAGAAAUGAUCGACAAUACUGUACAUGAACCAAAAGAAGAUGAAGACACUUAUAUCCAUGAUUUUGAUGAUGGUAAUGUAGAUUUAUCAUAUCAUCACAAAGUACCAUUGAUUCUACAAAACAAAGAUUUCGAUGAUCUGACUGAUUUAAUUCGUCAUAUGGAUUUGAAACCAAUGAUGAAUGAACAAAUACGUCAAAUAGCUUGUCAAGAUAAAGGAAUCCUUUUAUCGAUUCGUCAUCAAUUGAAGAGAAACAAGAUUGUUUUACGUACUUCUUAUAGAGGUCAUGUUUUUCGAGCAUUGAAAAGAAGAAAUUUUAAACGAAAAGCAUCUAAUUAUAUAAAAGAAAAAGGAAUUUACUUGGUUAUUCAACAAUUAACAGGACCCAAUCCAGAACAUAUAACACACCGAUAUUUGAUGAAUAUUGUUCAUCGUGUAGAAACAACAUUGUAUGAAUUACUUGAAACUAAAUGUCUCAAUCAAUUUCAAUAUACAUGCAUGAGCCAAAAUCGAGCACAAGUAAAAUUAAAUUAUUUGUAUUUUGUACCUGAACUCAAUAAAGAAGAUUGGUCAGUUCGACCGAUUAUCAUUUGUAAUAAUGGACCUACAAUGCUAAUAGCUGAUUAUGUUUCUGACUUACUUUGGUCCAUAUUUGAUCGAGUUACUCAUUGUCAAAAUUUUUUACAAGGGGCUGAUGCUGUGCAAGCUCUUGAAAUUUAUGCUCACCAUCAUCAUCGUCUUCAACCAACAACAUUAUUUGUCACGUUUACAAUGGACGAUCUAUGUAACAUAUUUCAACAUGAGGAAAUACUUGAAAUCUUAGAAGAUUUUCUUCAUACUUAUGGAUUAUCCGAUGAAAAUUUUCAAGAGCACCAUAUAAGUAUUGAAACAAUUCUUCGACUUGUUCGUCUCGUUUUAUACAAUCAAUAUUUUGUCUAUAACAAUAAACUUUAUCGGCAAAUGGUUGGCGGUGUUUCUGGUUUACCAUUGACUAUGGCUUUAGCUUACAUUUAUUUAUAUCAUUGUAGACCAUUAUUAUGGACUAUGUUAAUGAAUAAUACACAAGAGAUAUUUGGAAGGUAG